GCCAUUCACUCGCGUUCGUCUGAAGAAAUGUCAACUAGACGCUAUACUAAAAGCCAAUACAGCAAAAAGGAACAUGCAGGUACUUGUAGCGAAAGUCAUUUUCGAAUUGACAUCAACUUAAAUAAAGUAUAUGGCAUGACAUGUAUGUAAUACCGCGCGAUAUCGUGAACCGGCGAGAGAAAUCUAAAAACUGAAAAUAACAUUGACUGCGGAAUAAAAAACUGAUCUCACUCGCCAGGAAAAUUAUAGUAUAACUUUAAAAUGCAUUUCAAACAAUCAUAAAUUCAUUGAAAAAAUCACACGAGACUCGUGUGUAUAUUGCAUACCACUUCACUGUAUUGUAACUUACGCAAUCAGAGAAGAAAAUCACACACUGUAGUGUAGACGAAAGUUCCCGCCUAACAAUGAGUUGAGGUAUAUUACAUGUGCAAAGGCAGACACUAUAUAUUAUAUAAUAUACACAGCCACUUCAAAAAAGGCCUGUUGCCUGCCCCUUGCAAACCUUUUCUCUGAACCUUAAACUCUAAAACUCUAAGCGUGCAAAGCUUAAUGUGAGCAUAAGUUUCAAGCUCAGUACUCUGCUUAGAAUUUAAUAACUAGCCGUGUACGUUUGGCAAUUAAGCCUGGCUAUAGACUAGUAUAUAUAGUGUGGACAGUUUAUCCCUAGCGAGGCCCAUGCACGCGUACAUACAUACCCGUGAUUUCAAAUGCAGGUUGAAGCCAGGCUGUAGAUUAUACCGGCACAAUGAUUACGAGAAAGGUUUGUAAAUCGACAGAAAUAUCACUCGACUGCGAUUGUGAAACGUUUCCUAACAAUGUGUUCGGAUUUAUCCGCGUGCAAACUAAGCUACAUAUCUUACAAACUAUGUAAAGCUACACGCGGUAAAAAGUAUGAUGAAAUGAUACUGUGCGAGAGAACUGAAAAAAAACUCUUGUCGGAAACGGCGCGCGGCUUGUGAUCGGAAUCGAAUGCAUACAUUAGUACUCACUAUUAUCAAUUGGCGAGCAAAAUCUAGCCGAACGAAACCCGCGCGCGACAGUUAUAUUAUAUAUACUAAGAAAUAACAGAACUCUUAAUAAUUAGGCAUAAGCUACUGUUGUGCUAAAGCUUGAAGCGAAAGUCGUCUCAAAUUGAUAUCAUUUAAAAAAGAAUCUACGUUAUGAUAUGCAUGUGAUACCGGCGAGCGAAAUGUAACUGAACGACCAAUCGCGCGCGCCACAGUCAGUAUAUUACAAGCAUUUAUUACAAAUAACAUUGACUGCGGAAUAAAAACACUCACUAGCCAGGAAAGUUCUAGUAAAACUUUAAUUAAUGUGGUCGUUGUAAACAAUCGUAAUCUCAUUGAAAAAAUCACACGAGACUCGACUCGUAUACAUGUCGAGUUUUCACUGCAUUUGUGUUACACACACACACAUCACUCAAGAAAAUCACGCACUGAAUGCGAAAGUUCCUAACAAUGUGUUCAGAUAUAUACACGUGCACUACAAUAUAUUUAUGUCAUUUGGCGAUUGAGUUAACAACUUAACUAACGUCCCUCGCGAUCCGAGCACAAGAGAAUGCGGAACCUGCCUUGCAUAUUUAUCCGAUGAACGGAUCGAUAUCCAACUGAACGAAACCUGCGCGCGACAGCAUGCACAUGGAGAAAUCGAUAACCUUAACUACGGAUGUAAAAAACCGCACUCGCUCGCCAAUAAAUACACAAACAGUACAGGCAUAUAUGAUGAGAGUGUAGGCGUCGCAUGCGAUCAAAAAUCACACGACGCCCGCACACAAUUAUUCGACAAUUAUAUUAUGUAUGUUGAAGCACACCCAACUGCAUAUUCGCCGUGUGUCUCUUACAAUCUGAACGCAAAGGAAAUUCUGAGCUUCUUGCGCCUAUAAUUAUGGCGUGCAAUAAUUAUGAAUCAAUCUCAGUUUUAAACGUCUAAUUAAACACCGCCUCGGCGCGGUUGUCGCCGUUUACUGGCUAACAUUUAUACGCGACGGAGUGAAAAUACAUUCUAUAAACAGGGAACAAUUGACAUAUACUGUUUUCCUUUAGCGGUACAAUGUAUAUUUUCCUGCUCUAAGAUCAAAGUUUGAUGUGGCGCGCGAGCACAUUUUGUGAGUUGCCAAGCCGGGCAGGAAAGCAACAUUUUACGAUGCAGACUAUUCAGCGUUCGUGAAAAUACAUUCUAAUGGCGAUAAAGGUCCACUGAAGCGCGCGACAAAGCUACGAUCGGCAUGCCAUAAAGAUUACGAUAUUAAAAAUUCUAAACCAACGAGACUGACUAGGUUUGUUUCACACUGUGUCCGGUUAAUAAUUUCUGCUCGCAACGCGCAAUGUACUCGUGCGCACAACAAGGCAAGUCAAUAUAGGCAAUUAAAAAACUAUAGCUAAAUUAUAGAAACGAACCUUUAAUUGUGCGAUGUGGAACUCUUGCUUCUUCACGCCAACCAAGACAUUCAUGCAGGCAGUCUAUAAACUUGUGUUCACGCCAGACUCUAGCAAAGUAAUGCAAUAUAAAUAGUAGCGCCUUGAAUAGCGCGCCCAAUUCGUAUUCAAAUCACGCGCGACGCAGAACUCUCAGGUUACAGCGCCAUCGGAUUGGUCGAUUUUCCAAGUUCCCCAUUGGUUGCAAACACUCAAUUCUCAUUGGUCCCCAUAAACAAAUUUUGAUCCUCGUUCAAUCUGAUGUUGAGUUUCUUAUCGUUCUUCACCUUUAGACCGGCAAGGAUCGAAAGAAGAAAACGACCACGAGAGACGUUUACUCACACAUCCUACCAAGAAAUUGUGGACAUCCACGAAU